AUAUUGAAUAUUAAAGUGUUGCAGUGCCAAAGAAUUUACUCGGGGAUAUACUUGUUUGUUUAUAAAUGUCAUAUUUAUAACAUUGACUGCUCAUUAUUUUCAGAAAAUGGAUUAAUUUAAGAAAAACUGACCACGGAUUUGUUAAAAAAACUUUUGAAACUGUAUGACAAAACUUCUAAGGCAAUUAGUGAUAUAUAUCUGACAAUGUCUUUAACAUUCCGGUUGGGGUUUACUUCUAGCACGGUGUACUUAAAACAAAAUUGAAUGAUGCAACCAUUUUACUACCCUAUUUCAACUAAAAAGAUAAAAUAAAUGUCAUAUUUACCGAUUUUCUAUCAAAGACUACACAGGUUGCAGUCAUGCCUGUUUUCGUUGUAGAAAUAUAGAUCAAGUGUGGAUAAAUAAAGGAUUCGUGCCUCAAAAUAAGGUCCAAAUGAGAUCGGGCAUUUAUGUACACGUGUUUGCUAAAGCCGAAGGACACAUUUGGCACCAUAGCCAAUGCAGUUUUCUUAAGAGUGGAUAUUGCUAGAUGAACUUUAUAAAAAAACGCGAUAUAGUUUGAAACAGAUCGCUUUCUUUAUUGAUAUGAUCCGCAAUGUCUUCCGUAGAAAUCAAACCAAUUAUCGAUCAGAAUUGUCCCGGAGACAGCGGGUGCAAACAUACGAUACAAGCAGUAUACAGGAUACACCAAUAGAGAAUGUUUCCUUCUUCGUCCCAUAUAUGAUGGAAAUUACUAACUGUAUUGCAAUUCAUAUGUUUUGCGCCUUACAGGAACUUAAUUAGUAUCGAUUUCGACAAAGCGCUGUAAAAAUAGAUGUUGAGAGAACGUUCAAUGACAGUGUUUACAUACAUCGUGUUAGUAUAUAUAGCCAGGAAUUUAGAUGCAGUCGCGCUGAAAAAAAAGAAAAGAAAUUUUGAGCUCUUCAGUUCUUCACCAUUAAACCGUGGCCAUUACUCACCAACUGUUUUUUUUUUCCUAUUGCAUUUUUUUUGCUACGUGCUAGAGGGAAUGAAAUGUUGAUAUAUUUUUCACGCAAGCAAACGCCAGCAAGGAUAAAGUAUAUUCAUAUAGUAUGCCAAAGUUACCUGUCUCGGAGUAAAAAAGUCUACCUGGCGUUGGCAUUGUGAAAUAUAUAGGUUAAUUAUGGCGGGCAGUGAACAGAAGAAGGAAGGGUAAUAGUGCUAAAUGACAUAACAUUUUUAAUGAGCGGUCCCUUUAGUUAAUUACCUGAGGAGGACAAUUGGUUGGCGAUAAGUACUUAAAGGAUAUAUUUCUUAACAUAAAAUGGGGGGCCUUCUGUCCAGGGAGCCGCGCCGACCGGGGAGUUCUGCUGAUAAAUUGCUUCCACCAGUAACGCCGACAGACUCCAUCGCAACGAAUACCGGCACCAUGGACGAAAUGAACAUGGCUCCGAAGGUGUAUACACGACGAUGGUUUAUGUUACUUCUGUUUGUAGCAUAUUCCUUCAGUAACGCUUACCAGUGGAUUCAUUUGAAUAUAAUUGGAAAUGUCAUCAUGAAAUAUUACAACGAGAGUCUUCCAGAGGAUUCUUUCCAACAAGAAUCAGCCAUUGAUUGGCUCUCUAUGAUUUACAUGUUAGUUUAUAUUCCUUUAAUAUUCCCGGCUACAUGGCUUCUGAACAAAAAAGGUCUUAGAUUAAAUUUGAUCUGUGGAGCGUUUCUGAACGCUUUAGGCGCUUGGAUUAAAUGUGCAUGUUUAGCACCAGACAGAUUUGCGGUCCUUAUGUUUGCUCAGACGCUAUGUGCCAUAGCGCAGAUCUUUAUACUAGGCAUUCCUGCUCGCCUUGCAGCCGUCUGGUUCGGGCCCAACCAAGUCUCAACGGCGACUUCAAUUGGAGUCUUUGGAAAUCAGGUUGGGUGUGCAGCUGGUUUCCUUAUACCCCCAUUACUGGUUCCCAACAGCGAGUCUCUCUCUGAGAUUGGCAGGGAUUUGGGUAUCAUGUUUUACAUAUGGGCCGGCGUAACCACUGCCUUGUUUAUAAUAAUUGUUGUUGUAUUUAAAGACAAGCCACCAAGACCGCCGAGCAAGGCACAGAUGCUCGCUAAUCAAGGAUCACACCAGGAAAACUACUUAGGCUCAUUGAAAAAUCUCUUUCAUAAUCGGAAUUUUAUUUUAUUAACACUUACAUAUGGUAUCAACACUGGAUGUUACUAUGGUAUUGGGACGUUGCUUAACCCAAUCAUAUUGUACUACUUUCCAGGACAUGAACAGAGUGCCGGACAAAUAGGCCUUGUAUUAGUGUUGGCAGGAGUGGUCGGUUCUAUAGUGGCUGGUAUAUGGUUAGACAGGACUAAAUCGUUUAAACCAACCACUGUAGGUAUAUAUUUCCUGUCCAUGGCCGGCAUGGUUGCGUUAACGUUUACAAUGGGUGUUGGCCUGAUUUGGGUGGUGUUUCUGACGUCCGCAGCUUUAGGGUUUUUUAUGACUGGUUAUCUGCCAGUUGGAUUCGAAUUUGCGGCUGAGAUCACGUAUCCAGAGUCGGAGGGAACAUCUUCCGGUCUUCUUAAUGCUUCCGCUCAGACUUUUGGUAUAAUAUUAACUAUAGGAAUGCGUGCAUUAAUCAACCGAGUCAGCGUUUUAUCAGCCAAUAUCACUGUGUCAGCUGUUCUUUUGGCCGGGACAGUCAUAACAGCAUUUAUCAAAGCAGAUUAUAGACGUCAAGAGGCGGGUAACAGGACUAUCGCUUCAUUGGACAUAAUUAAAGCUGUGAGAACCAUAGAAUAUCUGGACCAAGUUCAUUUUGAUGUGAAUAUAACAGACAAAGACAAGGAAAAGAAAGAGGAAACUGUGAAAGCAUGAUAACGAAGUUGUGUUGUUUGUUUUUAAAAUAAUUUCAGUCUUUGUUGCGAGUAUGCAUAUUUAAUUCUUUGCAUAAGUAAUAAAUGGCUUUUCUGUUGAGAGCAAUAAAACUGCAUAUGAUCGAGAAUAGAAAAUUCGAUAUGAAAGGCUGAAUAUAUAAAUAUUCUUAAUUGUCUACAGAGAAUGAUUCGCAAGCAUUGUAUUUUAUGUAUGUUCUUUGAACGAGUAAAUCGGUGUUCAGUCUAAAAGGGGAAAUAACGUCUACGGUGAUGCUCAUGAAGUGACGUCAACAGAGACGCUCAUCGGUGUAUAAAAAGAAACAUAUUAUAAAGCGGACCCAUCGGACCUGCGGUAAAAAUGUGUUAACAUUGACUACGAAAUCAGGGUGGCGUGAGCUCAGCCCAAGCGCAUUCCAACGAAAAACCAUACUAACAUUGGCAUAGGGUCCCGUGUGUGGGUGCUUUACACCUGACACGCUAAAGAACUGGAGCUUCUGGAAUGGGUGUGUCUUCUCAGUGCAAUGUGUUCAGCUGAAGUUUUAUUUAUACUUAUUCACAUGUUUUCAAACAUAUUAUACAAACUACUUAAACUUUUUCCUUGAUAUUGUAUAGCUGCUCAUUCUUAGCAAGACAAUCUCUUUUUCAGCAUGGAGCACGUGCUGUAUAUGUAUUGCUUUUUCACGCAUUUCAUCAACGUUUCAAAGCUGCAUCGGUAGAUCUACUUCCAGUCAGAAUUAUUCAACACAUUGCGCGAUUUCAUGAUUAUGACGGGUCAAACACAUUUUUGAAGUUUUUGUUUAAGAUUACAUAUUGCAUCUGUUGACCAUUAUUUUAGUUCACGGAUCGUAUAAUAGAAAUUAUUACAUGUCUUCUUAUAGAUAUCGCCGGUCCAUAAUUUGUGCCAUACGACCAGUCUGUAUUCAACACAUGUUUACUGGGCUUAUAAGUAAUAAAAUUGAAAAUGAAUUUGUUAAAUAAAUUUCUAAAGAACACUUAUUGAAUGAUUCGUCGGUCAGUAGUCAAAACUAUCGGCCUUCGGUCUUUCAGAACUCGUACAAUAGUUUUGACUAUUGACCGGCAAGCGAUUCAAAAAGUGUAUUUCUGUUUUCUUUUGCUUUUAUAACACGAUUACGUGUAUAAAUCGGCGGUCCAUAGUUUGUGCUGUUAACUGGUCUAUAGCUCAAUACAGCUCUCCUGGUUUUAAGUCAAUACUUGGAGAAUUCAUUGCUAAUGUCAUGUACGGGUAAUAAACCACUUGUUUGCCCGACAAUAGACCAAAACUGUUAGCCCUCGUACCGUGCAAUGUGAUUUCACAUGAUGAUAUUUUUGUUGUUUUUAAACGACCCAUUUUAUCUUAAACGACGAACUUCCAGGGUGGUUUAGGACGAUCACAACUGCCCAACCAAGAACAUGGUAUUAGGGUAGAACAACCGACCGCCUGUAAGACCGUAGGCGAGACGAACACUUUCAUCGUAGUAAUAUAUUUUUGUUAUGUGUGUGUGUGUGUGCGUGCGUGCGUGCGUGCGUGUGUUCUGUAAAAGAGUGAAUGCAUUUCAUGUAUGUUGUUCAGUUUUAUUAAACGAGAUAUUAAAUAUAGCACGGUUUUUGGAAUAAUUUGAAUAUAUAUUGUGUUUCUUGCUAUGCAUCUUUUCUUCUUUUUUACAACUCAUAAUGCACAUGGCUAAAAACAAAAUAAAAGAACAUUUGAAGUAA